UGUGGAGUGUGCAUAAAACAAACCAUAAACAAUAACAAAUUAAAAAGUAACAUUGGUUGGGCUGGUAAAGUUGGCAGCCCUGGGAGCUGUCUCUUUCCCAAAAAAUUCUUAUCGUGAGAUUUUUGUGACAUGGCUGGAAAUAAUACUGAGGACGUAGAAGGCUCUGCCACUACUGACGUGAAGUCCACCGCCAAUGCCGAGAUCCCGCCGGAGUUCCUGAUCAAGCACCCGCUGCAGAAUACCUGGAGCCUCUGGUUCUACGACAAUGACAGAAACAAGACCUGGGAAGAAAACCUUAUUGAGCUGACUACAUUCGAUACCGUUGAAGAUUUCUGGAGGUUGUACCACCACAUCAAGCUACCGUCUGAGCUCCGUCAAGGUCACGACUAUGCCGUGUUCAAGCAAGGAAUCCGGCCCAUGUGGGAAGAUGAUGCUAACAAAAUGGGGGGCCGAUGGCUGAUCAAUCUUGAGAAGAAACAACGAAACUCUGAUCUUGACCGAUUCUGGCUGGAUGUGGUUCUCCUAUUGAUUGGCGAAAACUUCGACCAUGCUGAGGAAAUCUGUGGGGCUGUAGUAAACAUAAGGCAAAAGUUUGACAAAAUUGGUAUCUGGACCGCUGAUGCGUCCAAACAGCACGGAACUCUGGAGAUCGGCAGGAAGCUGAAGGACCAGCUCGGCAUCCACGGGAAGAUUGGCUUCCAGGUGCACAGGGACACCAUGGUCAAGCACAGCUCCCAGACCAAGAAUCUGUACUCCGUCUAAGUUUCACGAAAUUAUAUUAUGUAUACCCAUUCUGUGUGACGAGGGUGUCUCCCGGCAACCUUUUCUUUAAUAUAUUUGGUUAAGUGAUUUUUUUAAAUAGUUUAAACCUCUUUAUGAUGGUUGGGCAACUUUUAGCGUGUUAAGAAGCUGCCAAAUAAUCUUGAGGUGAGUCCAAGCAUCUUCGCCACACAAACUAUAGUUAUUUAAAGUUUUUAUUUAACAGAAGUAGUAUUCUUUAGGUUGAUGUUUGUCUUGAAAUAAGAGUUUAUUUCUUCAACAUGUUGCUUUUGUAAUGAACUUGUCUUUGUGGACAUUUUCUUGUAAAACAAAGUCUGAUUUUAUACUAAAGCUGUGCUUGAGUAUGGUGGUUGUUGUUAUGGUCACAUAGUUGUAAGUUUGUAUUUACUUAUACCCGAGGCUUUUGCCAGCGACGUUGAAGGAAAAACUACAUUUCACAGUAAUAAUAUCAUUAUGGUGUACUAUUACUAUUAACGCUACAAUGCACUAUGUAUAUUUUACAUUAUCUCGUGCUUAACAUUCAACUAAUAAAACUGUCGCUACAUUAUGUCGGAUCGCUAGCAUAAUCUUCACUGGUAGCCCAGCAUUAUGUGAAAUCUGUUCUGUGUCCAUACAGUUAAAGGAUAUUUUGGUAUGAUAAAAAAGUACUAAAUAAA